CUGUCAAUUUCCUUCUUCAUACCGGAGCCGAAACAUCCUUGGCUCGGCUUGUGUUCUCUUGUUUUCCUCGCGGAUGUAGCUCCUCGAUGGGGCCCGCGGAGAGCCGGGCGAGAGGAGGGGUAGUGAUGUGGCCGCGAGGACCGAGGCGGAGCGAUCUGCGCGAUUACAAAGAACACGGAGACCUUAGCUUCCGAACUAGCCCGGGCCAGCUCGCGUUCGGUGGCUCGGCGCGUGUUCGUGCUAUGUUCGACGCUAGGCUAGCAACAGAAUUUUUUUUUCUAAAACUGCUAACUCGAUAAUACUCGUGCGCGAGAAUGGAGAAGAAAAGGUGGGAUUGUACUGCUCUUCCCAAGGGCUGGAAAAUGGAAGAAGUGACCAGAAAGUCGGGUUUGUCCGCCGGAAAAAGCGACGUCUAUUAUUUUAGCAGAGGAGACGAGCCAGAUGAGGAACAGAGGCAAGAGAGGGGGGAGGCGGGUCGGUUGUAUAGUUUGUGUCCAUCUGGCAAGAAGUUCCGGAGCAAGCCUCAGCUGGCUCGUUACCUUGGCAACCAGAUGGACCUGAGCUCAUUCGACUUCCGCACAGGGAAGAUGCUGAUGAGCAAGCUGAACAAGAACCGCCAGCGGAUGCGCUACGACAACAACAACCAGAACAAGGGUAAACCCGACCUCAACACAUCACUUCCAGUCAGACAGACAGCCUCCAUCUUUAAGCAGCCCGUUACCAAGGUUACCAACCAUCCCAGCAACAAAGUCAAGACAGAUCCACAGAAAGCCGUUGACCAGCCCCGUCAGUUAUUUUGGGAGAAGAAGCUAAGCGGUCUGAGUGCAUACGACAUUGCAGAAGAGCUGGUGAAAACGAUGGAGCUGCCUAAAGGUCUCCAAGGAGUGGGACCAGGUUGCACAGACAAGACACUUUUGUCGGCCAUCGCCAGUGCGCUCCACACCAGCGCCGCACCCAUCACCGGACAGCUGUCGGCUGCCGUGGAGAAGAACCCCGGCGUAUGGCUCAAUACCACGCAGCCGCUUUGCAAGGCCUUUAUUGUCACCGAUGAAGACAUCAGGAAGCAGGAGGAGCUGGUAUACAGUGUGAGGAAGCGUCUGGAGGAAGCACUAAUGGCUGACAUGUUAGCGCAUGUAGAGGAAGCGGCGGCCGGCGAGGGCGACUCCAUCAAGGAUGAAGGCAAUGGCAGCGAAGACAUGGAGAGCGUAUAGCGCAAGUGCCGCGAGCCCAGACGGCAACUUGUAUCUUUUUCCCAGGUCUUCAUCUUCUUCAUGGACAUUGGACAAGCCCUGCCUUUAUCCUGACGAGCCUUUCCCGGCGUCUCCGCCCCUCACAUAAGCAGACUAAUUCAACCGCGGUGUCCGUUAUGGCCACUGGAGGGCAGCAACACGUGAAAUUGAUCCCUUAACCAAAACAGGAAGUGACAUAAUCCAGAACUUUUUACAGAAGAAAUGUCACAUUCAGUGUUGGAUGAACGUUUUUACAUCAAAUUAUUUUUUUUCUUUCCUCCUUGACAGUUGUGUCAAUGAAAUAUUUGGGUACUUACUAAAAUUUAAGAAAAUUGUAAAGAUGAUGCAUUUCUUUGCCAUUUUAAAUUUUAACCGUGCCCUGUGUGCACCAUAAAAUGAGGCAGCGGUGAACUAAAAGUUGUCGCACGGUCAUCAGUGUUGGCAUCAUGCUUGUACACCAUUUUGUGCUUGUGUGUUUUUUUUAAACAAAUGUCAUGGUGGCCACAUAUACAACUGGUGUCAAAAUUACGUUUGAUACCGUUUGUAACUAAUAUUUGAUGGGAUGAUGUUCCAUUUGUUUUUUAAAGGCUGUUUUGUUGUUUAAUUUUUAAAAAAAUAUUAAUAAUUCAUGCUGGAAAUUGUCUGUUAAUAUCAACAGGCUAGAUGCUGAAAAAGUUGAUUGUAUUGCUGAAUAAAAGUCACUAUGCCGUGAA